AUGUUGCUUCAAGUAUUCAGCAUUCUCUUUCUCUUUGCACAAUGUGCAGCUGACGAAGAAUACACAAUGGUGACAAAAGCUCCAAGCGAAGACGAAAUGAUGGGUGAAGUGUUGAGCAAAUUAAACGAUCUCCGACGAUCAGUGGUCUACGACACGAAUGCAUCUAACCUGCAUUGGCUGAAAUGGGACUUGUCGUUGGCUUGGAUGGCUCAGAAAGCAACUGAUACUUGUGAAAACACAGAGAAAGACGUUGAUGGUUUCAUCAAAAUGCGAUUGAGACUUUCCAAUCAAAAGGCGGCGCCUGAUCAUCUUUUGAUUCAUGAUAUCUGGAUUAAUAUCAAAAACUUCGCGGAACACAUCAAAGAAUAUGGAGCAGAUAUUGAUGAAACAAUAGAUGAAUUCUCGAAAUUUUAUGAUUUAUUUCGAAGUGAUUGGACUCGAAUUGGAUGCGCUUUCCAAGUUUGUAAAGACUUGAUGACUGGAGAAGACACAAAUCUGGUCUGUCUCCUAGGGCCGAAAACGGCGAGAAGUGGUCCUAUCUUCGAGAUGAAAAAGUCUGAAGAUGAUCUGUGUACCGACUGUGAAUGUGAAGAACUGAUGUGCAAGGAGCCAGUUUUUGAUGUAUCGAAACUGACGGAUGAGGAGUUUCAGAAGAGUAUUUUGGAAGAUUUGAAUGGUGCAAGGAGCAAGUUUGCACAAAGGGCGAAUGCUUCGUAUAUGAAUAAAUUGGUUUGGGAUGAAAAACUUGCCGCUUCUGCUCAUGACUCUGGAUCACAGUGUCCUGACAAGUUGACUCAUGGCUCAAAUUAUCGAGAAGUUCCUACAAGUUCUUUCUGGAAUAUGGCUGCUGGGCUAUCACCUCUCGGAGAUCUAUAUGGUGUGUCUACGGUAGAGGAAAGCUACAAAGAGGUGUAUGAUUGGAGUGUAAUGUACACAAUUCUAUGGCCAGAAAUGAGAAAAGUCGGAUGUUCACGUACUCCGAACUGUCCAAGCGAAGCUUGGUGUCAUAUUGGAGAGAUUGCUCAGCUGGAUGGAAAAAUGUACGAGAAAGGAGCACUAUGUUCAAAAUGUAAAGAAGGACAAUCAUGUGGAGAUGGAUUGUGUGUUUGA